AUGAGAACACAAACUGCCUUUGGAUACGAUUCAAAAAAUAAAAAAAUCACCAGAUUCGACAAUCGUCCAGUCCCAACCCCCAAGGCUAAUGAAGUCUUAUUAAGAAUUGAAGCUGCUGGUUUAUGUCUUUCUGAUCCACAUUUAUUACAAGCUGGACCCGUUGAAAGUAAGCCACCAUUACCAUUGGCUGAUAAAUUCGUUAUGGGACAUGAAAUUGCUGGACAAAUCGUUGAAGUUGGAAGUGGAUUGAAGGAUCAUCCAAUAUAUAAAGUCGGAGGAAGAUUUGCUAUGUUACCACAAUUGGCUUGUGGAUACUGUAUUAGUUGUAGAAAAGGAUUAGAUACCAAUUGUCUUGAAUCUCGUCAAGUUCAUGGAUUAAAUGAAGAUGGUGGUUUCCAAUCAUAUUUAUUGGUUAAGAAUGUUAGAAGUAUGUUACCUAUUCCAGAUGGAGUUAGUUAUGAAGUGGCUGCAGUUAGUACUGAUUCUGUUUUAACUCCAUUCCAUGCCAUUCAAAAAGUUAAACAUUUGUUUCAACCAACCAGUAAAGUCUUGGUUCAAGGAUGUGGUGGUUUAGGUCUUAAUGCAGUUCAAAUUAUAAAACAAUUCAAUUGUCAUAUUGUAGCAACUGAUGCAAAGCCAGAUAUUGAGGCCAUUGCUCUCGAAGCUGGUGCUAACGAGUUCUACACUGAUCUUAAUAAGUCUGCUCAUGCACCACGUUCAUUUGAUAUCAUUUUUGACUUCGUUGGUAUUCAACCAACAUUCAAUAUUUCUGAUAAAUAUAUUAAGAAAUUAGGUACUAUCUCUAUGAUUGGAUUAGGAAGAGGAAAAUUACUUAUUCCAAACUAUCCGUUAUCAGUUCGUGAGGUUAAUCUUAUUUUCAAUCACGGUGGAACUUCAGCUGAACAAAUUGAAUUAAUGGAUUGGAUUAAACGUGGUUUAAUUAAACCAAAUUUCCAUAUUGUGGAUUUUGAAAAAUUACCCCAAGCUAUUGAAGAUUUAGUUUCUGGUAAAGUCACUGGAAGAGUUGUAUUCAAACCAAAUGCCAAUUCUUCUAGAUUCUAG